UUUGCAUAGCUUCUUGGACGCUAGCCUUAACGCUGCUGCCCUCUCAACCAGGUAUCAUGAGCACCCACGACCUGAUCAAACCCUAUUCUGAUCGCUGCAACGGCGGGCGGCUCUUCGUGGGCGGCACCGACGAGGCGAAGGAGGACGAGUGGAGGGACGCCUUCACGGGCGAGCUGCUGGCCUUCCCGGAGCGCGAGGACCCUUUCUGGGGAUCCGGAGAGCCGAACGGAUGGCGGUUCCAGAACUGCCUGACGACCCUCGGAGUGUACGUGUCCGAUACGCAGUGCCUGAGGGAGAGCUGUUCGGUGUGCAGGAUCCCGAGCCAUCAGGUGUGGACGCUGAGGGGCAUCUGCGAGGAGGAGACGAGGCACUACUACUUCACUUCGUCGAAGGUCGGCCUCAACGCCACCGCUUUCCAGGGCUACACGGGAUAUGUCAUUGACGCCGCUAACGAGCUGUGGGUGUUCAGGGACGAAAUCAAAGGCGUUGUCAUGGCGACGCUCAACGCCACGGAGAACGAGCACCCGGUCGGCAGGAGGCUCUGGAACUUCGAGCAGCCGCAGUGUGACCAGGACCCCGGCCCGAGGUACCUGUCGCUGAUUUCUUGUCGCGACGGCCAGUUCGCCUGCGACGACGGUUCCUGCAUCGCCAUGAGGCUGCGCUGCGACAUGAAGUACGACUGCCGCGACAAGAGCGACGAGGUCCGCUGCGCCAUCGUCGAAUUCGGUCCUCAGUACGAGCAGACUCUCCCGGCGCGCUCCCCCGUCAACCCCUCCGGCGUCCUCCUGCUCUCCGCGGACGUCCUCAUCGAGACCAUCAACAUCAUCUCGACCGACAUGAUCAUGGACGCCUCCUUCGUGCUGGAGCUGAGCUGGCUCGACAGCAGAGUCACCUACCAGAACCUGAAGGCGACGACCUCUCUCAACCUGAUCCCCUGGCACCUGGCGCAGAAGCUCUGGGCGCCCACCAUCCUCUUCACCAACACGGACGGCAACAUGAGGACGGUCGUCGACAUCGACUCGACGCUCUAUGUCGACAGGGGCAGCGGUGCCUUCCAGACCGACCUGACAAGGCCUGACGUGGGUGCGUCGUCGAGUUUCGUUUAUAUCAUUUUAUUUAUUUGUUUACUAACUUUCAAAAAGUAGACGGAUGUAGACAGUUGGCUGGACGCAGAGUAUAAGCACAUCCUCGUACAGUGCCUAUACUAUACAGUAACAGAUAAAUGGUGGAUAUUUGAGCGCGUGCGUUAUCUAUAUCAACACCUAAUAGAUAAUAGAUAAAUGGCAGGUUGAAAAAAUAGACCAAUUCUUAAUUUAAUGUUUAUAUAAGCAGACAAAAUAGACAUAAAGACAGGUGCAUACCACGUCUUCCUUGUCUAACUUUAUCGCUCAUGUGACGUAACUGACAAGCUUAAUUAUGCCACUCCGUUUUCUUUUUCCUCCAAUGUUGUAAGUUUUAACUUUUCCAGUAUAAUCACAGUAUUAACAGGACUGAUAAAUGAAGACCUACUUAGUUAACCAUUUAGAUUAACAAAGAAAGUUACACCGAAGAAUAAAACUUCCCAAGAGGUAAGAAAAUUAACAGUAGUCAU